UACACGUAUAUCAUGCAGGGGCUCGGAUUACAAAGUCUUAAAAAGAACCCAGCGUUGAUUCCGCUAUACGUUUGCGUGGCUGCUGGAGCGAUUGGAGCCGUUUAUUAUAUGACUCGCUUAGCUACAAGGAAUCCGGAUGUUACAUGGAAUCGCUCAUCCAAUCCAGAACCAUGGCAAGAAUAUAAGGAUAAGCAAUACAAGUUUUACUCUCCCAUAAGAGAUUAUUCUAAGACGAAGAGUGCAGCGCCGAAAUUCGAAGAAUAAAUUUGUCGAAUGCUGUUAAAUUAAUUGUCAGAAUAAAUGCAUUAAAGUGCUUAUA